CAAAGUUCUUCAGAGGUUUGUUUACAGGAGGUGGGGACUAAAAAUCCACGUUCCUCCUGAUUCUGAUUCCAGUUCUGUGUGUCUCUGACUCUGAACAUUAUGACCACGCUGUUGAGGAUCUGCUGCCUGAGUCUGCUUUUGGGUUUUGCUGCUGCUGCAGUGUUUGUAAAAAAGCAGGAAGCGGACUCAGUUCUGAGGAGAUGGCGCAGAGCAAACAGCGGGUUCCUGGAGGAACUCAAGCAGGGGAACCUGGAGAGGGAAUGCAUCGAGGAGAUCUGCAACUACGAAGAGGCUCGAGAAGUCUUUGAAAACGAUGACAAAACGAGGGUGUUCUGGGAGCAGUAUGAAGGUCGUGACCCCUGCCAGGUGAACCCCUGUAAGAACAACGGGACGUGUCUCUCUGUGGACAAGUCUUAUGAGUGUCUGUGUCCAGAAGGAUUUGAGGGACGACACUGUCAGAUGGUGUUUGAGGAUUCCCUCGGGUGUGUCUAUCAGAACGGACUCUGUCAGCAGUUCUGUGAUGGUUCUGGAGGCAGACGGAGGUGUUCGUGUGCUGAAGGGUACCAGCUGGGGGAUGAUGGUCGACAGUGCAUCGCCAGAGUCCAGUUUCCAUGUGGUCAGCUCGUCCCGGAACAAAACGGACUCAACCAGAGCGCUGUGGUCCACACCCGAAUGGUGGGAGCUUCUCACUGCCCCAAAGGAGAGUGUCCCUGGCAGGUUCUGAUCCAGUUAAAUGGAGAAAGUCACUGUGGAGGAGUUCUGAUCCACCAAGACUGGGUCAUCACAGCUGCCCACUGUCUCCAUGGCAACAACACCCAGAACCUGACGGUGGUGGCAGGUGAAUAUAACCUGGAAGUGGAAGACAGCAUGGAGCAGAAGAUUCCCGUUUCCAUGGUGAUUCCUCAUCACAGCUACAACCUGAAGACCGGAGACAGCGACAUCGCUCUGCUGCGGUUGAACCAACCCGUGUCGGUGAACAGAUUCGCCCUUCCCAUCUGCCUUCCCACCAAAGACUUCUCUGAGCGGGAGCUCCUGCUGCUUCGGUACCACACUGUGUCUGGAUGGGGCAGAAGAACCUCCGGGGGAAACGUCAAGCCCACAUUAGGCGCUCACAUCUCUCCGGUUCUCCGUAGAAUGGAGGUCCCUAUCCUCCAGAACUCCCAGUGCUCCCAGAGGGCCCAGUUUAACUUUACGUCCAACAUGCUGUGUGCUGGAUAUCUGGAGGGUCAGCAGGAGAGCUGCCGCGGUGACGACGGUAGCCCGCUGGUGACGCAGUAUGGCUCCACGCACUUCUUGACGGGCGUGGUCGGCUGGGGGCGUGGCUGCUCACGCCCAGGGUAUUAUGGGGUGUACACAAAUGUGGCUAAGUUCUUGGACUGGGUGGAGACCACCACGAAGAACUGGCCCACCCUGAAGAUGCAGCUGCUGUUGGAGCAAACACCAGUCUUAAAAACAGUUGGGUUUUUGGCCAACCCAACUGCUGGGUUGGUGCUAAAAAUCAUCUGGUUGGUGAACCAGCUUUGCCAUUUAAAUUCAGGGAAUGACAAGACCUUUAAUGGACCUUCACACCGAAAAGGAGUAAAAAGAAGCUGCUCAAAUGCUCUCCAUGUUCAGCAGCACAUACCUAUGUGCUCACAGCUCAUAGCCUCACCCCAAAUAUUCUAUGAUGAGAUUUCAGGCUUCCUAAGUGUCCAGUCUAGAGCUUUCCUGAAGCAAAGAACUGUGGGAGUUGGACCGAGCUCACAUCCAGCUGGGACCAUGUUCUGGUGUCUGAGACCGUCCCUGGUCCUCCUGCUGCUUCACUCUGCUGCUGCUCAUGUUUUCCUGAACAGCCAGAAGGCCAGCGAGGUUCUGACCCGGCACAGGCGGGCCAAUAGCUUUCUGGAGGAGGUAAAACAGGGAAACCAGGAGAGAGAGUGCAAUGAGGAGCGCUGUAGCUUUGAGGAGGCGAGGGAGAUCUUUGAAAAUGUUGAGAAAACAAAUGAGUUCUGGGCUGUUUAUGUCGAUGGAGAUGCCUGCCACUCAGCCCCAUGUGCUCAUGGAGGACAAUGCAAAGAUGGGAUAGGAAGCUACUCCUGCUACUGUCCAGAGGGAUACAAGGGCUUCAACUGUGAAAUCGUCAUUCCUUUGCUCUGUGAGAGCAAAAAUGGUGGCUGUGACCACUUUUGUAGAGUUGACGGAGGAAACAUCCGUUGCUCCUGUGCAGAUGGAUACUUUCUGGCAUCAGAUGACAAGUCCUGCCACUCCAAUGAACCUUUUAAGUGUGGCGCCAUCAUCUCUGGUUCUACCCGGACACUGUUCAGAUACGAGCGAGAGAACACUACAGAGAAGAACGUCACACAUGGAAACUCCAUAGAUAAUCAGUUGGUCCAGGUGGUCCCCAACAGUACUGACCUGUUUUCACCAAGCAACACCAGUGGUCAGACUCGGGUCCAGGAGACCGUUUUUGAAAAAGAGAUUCUCCCUCAAAGGGCAACGCACAUGCGGAUUGUCAACGGAGAGGACUGUCCACCAGGAGAAUGUCCAUGGCAGGCUCUCCUCCUGAAUGAAGACAACCAAGGGUUCUGUGGAGGAACAAUCCUUAAUGAAUACAUCAUCCUAACUGCCGCCCAUUGUAUGAACCAAUCAUUUCACCUGUCUGUCAGACUUGGUGAGUUUGACACCUUGGUGGACCAUGGAAAUGAAGCCCUACACCAGGUGGACACCAUCAUUAGCCACAUACACUACAGACCCGCCACCUACCAUAAUGACAUAGCUCUCAUUAAACUGGCCACACCCAUUAAGUUCUCCAGGUACAUCUUGCCAGCCUGCCUCCCAAAGCCCGACUUUGCUGAGAAGGUGUUGAUGAAGCAGAUGGAUGGUCUGGUCAGCGGUUUUGGACGUCUAGGUGAAGGUCGGCAGGCGUCCACCAUUCUCCAGCGCCUCUCCGUACCUUACGUGGAUCGACAAACCUGUAUGGAAUCAACCAGCCUACGCAUCACAUCACGCAUGUUCUGCGCCGGCUACGACACAGUUGCUAAGGACGCAUGUCAGGGCGACAGCGGCGGGCCACAUGUCACGCGCUACAGUGGCACCUACUUCAUCACUGGGAUUGUAAGCUGGGGCGAAGGUUGCGCGCGUAAAGGCAAAUACGGUGUCUACACGCAGGUGUCCAAGUACAUCAACUGGAUCCAUGACGGCAUCGAACGAAUGAUGUCAAACAAGAACAGCGGCGGCCGGCAGAGGAGACAACAGGGGCGUAUCAAGAGGCUGUACCUUUAACAGCUGAAGUCGGUCUAAUCUAACAGAUUAUAAACAGUUACUACUAUUAGCUUGGGAAGUUGGAGCUAAUGGAGUUCCUCAGGACUCUUAGCUCGGCCAUAUCAAUGUUUUAUUUGUUUGUAUGAAGCAGCAUAAAGACCUAGAAUAUUAUCAUCUUGUAAAACUAAAUAAAUGUGUCCAGCAGAAACUUUACUUUAGUACUUUUUGUUGUUCUCUGAUGUUCUCGGCUUUGUGUUUCAGCAACAGACAAACUUUCUAAAACAUUUAAAAGUCUAAAAAUGUUUUCAUGUAUUUUUAUUUUAGUGGCAAAGUUGAAUGUUUGAGUUGACUCUGAAACAGAGAGAAAUAAAAGCAAAAUUCUGAUGUUUCUUUUUA